UGGUUGCUUUUGCCCUAUUGUCUGUGUUUCCUAAUGAUCAUCCUUGUGUAUGUCCCUUACUUUGUAGCUUUCCUUAGUAGCUCAUUGUGUUGGCCAUGUUGUCCUAAGUUUUUUUGUGUGUGGUUCUUGUCUUCUUUACAAAGAAAAUGCGGAUCCGUCAUUCCUACCGAUGGAUGCCAGUGGUGGUUUUACUUAUCUGCCUGUCUGUUUAUCUGCUUAUCCAAAAACCCAAACAAGUAGUCAUCUCUAAAUCCACUAAAACCACCAUUCUAUUAUGGUAUUGGCCAUUCGGGGUGAAAGAUUAUUCGGAGAAUGAUUUGUGCCAUGAACGGUUUGGCAUACGAAACUGCAUGCUGGUGGACAAUCAGUCCCAGUUCUAUGAUGCAGAUUUUGUCAUUUUCCACCACUAUGAGUUGGGCAACAGACAACAGAAGUUGCCUUUGAACCUCAUUCGGCCACAGAAACAGAGGUGGGUUUGGUUUAGUCAAGAAAGCCCUGAGAAUAAUUUGAACGUGAAAUCAUUGGCUGGAUACUUCAACUAUACCAUGUACUACCGUCGUGAUGCAGAUAUUUAUGCGCCAUAUGGGCGUAUGAUCGAAAAAAAGGAUUUGGGGACGGAAGUUAAAGUUAAGGAUUUAAUUCCAAAGCGCAAAACUCACCUUGCAUGUUGGGUGGUAAGCAGCUUUUUACCAAACCAUAAGAGAACUGCUGUAUACCAAAAACUGUCAAAUGUAAUACCGAUUGUAGUGUAUGGUGGAGCAGUGAAUAACUCUCUAAAUAGUGAUAGUCUAUUGCAGACCAUCUCUCACUGCUACUUCUACCUGGCUUUUGAGAACUCCAUCUUCAGAGAUUACAUCACAGAGAAGUUUUGGUACAAUGCGUUCAUGGGUGGGGCUGUGCCUGUAGUUUUAGGUCCACCACGGGAACAGUAUGAGGCGGUGGCUCCGAAAGACUCCUUCAUCCACGUGGAUGACUUCAGUUCCAUAGAGGAGCUUGGAGAAUUUCUGAAGAAACUGAUUGUGGAUAAGGAACGCUAUGCCUCAUACUUCAACUGGAAACUGAAGUACAAAGUGCUGACAAAUUACUGGAUUAAACAUCUGUGUGAAUCUUGCCCCCGAUUUAGCAGCCUGCAAACACCUAAAAUAUACAAAGAUCUGGAUGCUUGGCUAUGGGAUAAAGCAUGAGUGCAUGUGUCCUAACAGACCCUGGAUCUGAUCCUUGCCCUUGCCUUUUACUUGCCAAAAGUCUAUUGGUAUUCUUAACUGAAGAUAAUCUUGGAUGUGUUAAAUGUAUAUUGACUAAACUCCAUGUUAUAUUUUAUUUCAAAGUCAGUCAUUUAUUAUUUUCAUGUCAUAAUAAUAUAUGUUCAAUGUCAUGUUCUAGAUGGUGAAGAUAUGAGGUGAGCAUGAAGAAUGUCAGUUUUCAGUUACAUGUUGCACCACCUGAUUACCUUUUGAAAAAAAACUAAAAAAUUAUGUUUCUUUCUUGCAUAGACAAAAAUCCUUCUGUGGGGCACUGUAUUUUCAUACUGUUGCUGUCAGUCGCUGUUAUUGUGUGUUUGCAUGUUUUGUAUGUGAUUCUGAGCCUUGUCAAAGGAACAUUUCUGUCACUGGUAGGACAGACAAAGUCUAUAAAAUAAAAUUAAAAUCAACAACAUGCUGGUUUGUAGCA